ACUCGCCUCAAGGCUGAAGCUUCACCUUUCUCCCAGUCUCCUACUACACUCAUCUCUCUCUCUCUCUCUCUCUCUCCCCUUCUCUCUCUGUAUAUAUGUACUGUAUUUAUCUCCAUUCACCUCAAUGUAUACAUACAUAUAGAGCGGGGGAGAGAGAGAGAGAGAGAGAGGAUAGUAAAGCGAAAACCAUUGACGACAGCUAUGAGUGUAGGGUUUUCUUAAAACUGAAAAAACCCAAAAUCUCUCAACAAAAGGGGAAAAAGCAGAGAUAUAAUUUUGUCUUCAUUGCCUCCAGGACUGAGAGAUAGCUAACGGAACCAGAAAUGUCGGCUCCAAUGUAAUCCGGAAUCGGACGAUCCAGCCCGGAGAUUGAAGAUCUCGGCAUUGAUUCUCGCGAGAUUUAUUAGGUGAAUGAGUUAGGUGAAAGAGGCCCAAGGAAGUCCUGAGCUUUCCUUCUUAAGGAGGAAGAAAAUGGAACCGGACACAUUUCUUGAUUAUGCAUUAUUCCAGUUGUCGCCCAAGCGUACGCGAUGUGAAUUGUUUGUUACUACUGAUGGAAGGACUGAGAAACUGGCAUCAGGAUUAGUGAAGCCAUUUGUGACUCAUUUAAAAGUUGCAGAAGAACAAGUUGCAUCUGCAGUUCAUUCUAUUAAACUUGAUUUAGGGAGGCAUAGAAAUGCUCAAUCAUGGUUUACAAAGGGAACACUUGAAAGGUUUGUCAGGUUUGUUAGUACACCAGAGGUUAUAGAGCUUGUUAAUACCUACGAUGCCGAGAUGGCUCAGCUUGAAUCAGCUCGGAAAAUAUAUUCACAGGGAAUGGGAGAUCAACUUUCUGGUUCUGAUGGUGGUAUGUCCUCUGCCACUGCAGCAGCUGAUGCAACAAAAAAGGAGCUAUUGCGAGCCAUUGAUGUGCGGCUUGCUGCAGUUCAACAGGACUUAAUGACAGCUUUUUGUCGUGCAACAGCUGCUGGUUUCAACCUAGACACAGUUUCAAAACUUCAGAUGUUUUCAGAUCAGUUUGGUGCUCAUCGAUUAAAUGAUGCAUGCUCUAAAUUUAUAUCAUUGUACAAAAAGAGGCCAGACCUAGUCAACCAAUGGAAGGCAGUUGGAGCAAAUGAACAUGCAGUAAGAUCCUCUUAUGGGUCAGAUAUGUCCCUAGAUGAGGACCCAACUACUCCAGAGCAACAAUGUACUGUGUUGCGCCCAAUCAGCCAAGACCUGGAUGCAAUGCAUCAGCAAUGCUCUCAUCACCUUGAAGAGUCAAGUAGUUCCAUUAAUGAACAGCUGAAACCCUCUUCUGUUGGCUUCCGUCUGCGGCAGAGCAGAGAGUCUAGUGUUGAGCCAGAAGAGAAGAGCAUAGAAAAGAAUGAUGAGACUUCUUCUGAUCAACCUGAGCCAACUAAAACGAGUCGGCACAUCAGACGGCUAAGUGUGCAGGACCGCAUCAACAUGUUUGAGAACAAGCAGAAGGAGAAUUCAGGGAGUGGGGCGAAACCAAUUGUGGGGAAAUCUGUGGAACUUCGGAGACUGUCAUCAGAUGUCUCAGUUGCCCCGUCUGUAGUGGAGAAGGCAGUUUUAAGGAGGUGGAGUGGUGCUAGUGACAUGAGCAUAGAUUUGAGUGGUGAAAAGAAGGAUGGUGAGAGCCCUUUGUGCAACUCAUCUUCUGCCUAUGCUUCUAAGUCCAAGUCUGAGGACCAAGUAAGAUCAGGUAAGAUGGAACUCCAAAGUGUGACAGAUCGAGUUAGUGACAUCAGACUGAAAGAACAUGAAGACUUGAAGUUGCAUGAUCAACAUGCUAAUGAGAGAGAAGAACUGAAACAGUUGACUGCUUCUUACAAGAAGGCGGAAGAUUCUGAAUUUUAUAAUUCGAGGUCUAAUUCAAGCACUGUAGAGAGUGAUGGCCGGAAAGAUAAUGUUGGUGAGAAGACCAAGUCAAACAGAUCAGAAAACAGUUUGAAAGAUAGAACAGAAUCUAAAGGGCUAUUUGGAUCAUUUCCUCGGGAUAAAACCAUAAAAGUUGAUGUAGCUAUUCAAGGAAAUUCAAUGGAUUGUCAGGGCAGUGAUGAAACUAUAGAGGCUAAAAAGAGAGCAGUUCAUGAGUCUGAAAUUGCUUCAUUGAAGGAAAAGAACUCUUUGCCAGGGCAGUUUGGAGCUUCUGCUAGCCAGGCUAAUUAUAUUAGGUCAGCUGAUAAUGCGCACAACCAUCCUGUGCAGAUUGUGCAUCACAAUCACGAGGAGACUCAAUCAAGCGAUCAUUUGGUUCCUAAGUCACGAUUUAAGGCUCCUCUAAAAACUAAAGGGGACUUUGGGCCAUUGGAAAGUGGUUCCAUAUCAAGAGCUUCUUUAACCCCUCAAGGCAUGGGAGUUGAAGGAGGUUCUUCAUAUUCUCAAUCCAGAUCACAGCCAUUAAUGGAAAUUGAAAAAGUUGAGAAGGAAAAGGUAGAUUCGUCUGAAAAAAUAGAUGAUAGUCUUGGAUCAAGAGUUGAUAAUUCAGGAUUCCCAGUAAUGAAGUUUAAGAAGCAAGGUGUAGGUGCUGAUGUGAAUAAAAACUCAAAAGUUUGCAUAGAUAACAAGCUGAUUGUCUCUGCUGGCAAGGUAGCAGAUGCUCAGGAGGGCUCUGCUUCAUUUUUAACAUCCCCUGCACAGCAAGUUCAGAGGGCACGCCAGCCCAAAGGAAAUCAGGAACUCAAUGAUGAGUUGAAGCUAAAAGCAAAUGAGCUUGAAAAGCUCUUUGCUGAACAUAAACAGCGUGCUCCUGGAGAUCAUUCGAAUCCUGCCCGGAGAAGCAGGCCUGCUGAAAUACCAACCCAGCAACAAGCAAGUUCAUUGUAUAGGAGUAAUGUAGCAGUUAAUGCUUCCUUCCAGUUUCCAGAUAAAUACACCUUGACUGAAGCUGAUGGGAGUUCAAAUAGCAUGGUGAAAUCUGAUAGUACUGUCAUGCAAACUGGUGACAAUAAAGGGUCUACUGAUGUUCUAAAUAAAAAUUUCUCUGAGCUUAGUACUUCAGAAGGUUCUCGAGGAAAACUCUAUGAGACAUAUAUGCACAUAAGGGAUGCAAAACUAAGGGAAGAAUGGAAUUCUAAGCGAGAUGAGAAGGAAGCCAAGCUAAAGGCUAUGCAGGACAGCUUGGAAAAGACUAGAGCUAAGAUGAAGGCUAAGUUUUCAGGAUCUUCAUAUAAAGAUGAUUCUAUUUCUACUGCUCGUCGGCGUGCAGAGAGACUGAAGUCAUAUGACAGCAGGUCAAUUUUGAGGAGAGAGAAGCAACAUUUGGAUUUUGACCAACAUGAUGAUGAAGACAAAACCAAAUUUCCUGAGCAGAAACAGUAUGGAGAAGGAAGGUAUUCGAAUGAGACAAGUGAUGCAUUUUUUGAGGAUGGUGUUUCUACAAGCAGUCAGGUUAAGAAGCUUCUACUUGCUAAAGGUUCAUCCUCUUCCACACCUCGCACCUCAGCAGCACCCGCUUCUAGGUCAGCUGUCAAAGCUACUAAUAGCAAUGCUGGUAGGAGAAGAUUUCAGUCUGAAAAUCCUCUUGCACAGUCCGUCCCUAACUUCUCAGACAUGAAAAAGGAGAAUACAAAGCUUUCCUCUGCCGUGAGUAAAACAGCACGUUCUCAACUUAAAAGCUAUGCUCGCAGCAAAAAUACUAGUGAAGAGAUACCCAUAAAGGAGGAGAAAUCUUCCAGAUCACAACCACUUAGAAAAAGCACUGCAAAUCUGGGGGAGUUUAGUGAGACAUCUGUUUUGAAUUCUGAAGAUGCUUUCACCCUUAAAAAUGAAGAGGUACUUGAUAAAGUUAGGAAGAAUGUGGACUCAAGGCCUUUCCACAAGAGGGGUAAAAGUACAGACGUUAGUAUUAGAGCCAGUGUUCCAAAGCAGAUAAGUUCUCUAGGGUCUGAGAGAAUGAACAGUGAUGAAGAAUACAAUGAUGCAGUCUUUGUGUCAGACAACAAAAUGAAUGUGGUUAAAGAUAGAGAGGAAAUGUUUGAGAAUGUGAUUACUGAGCAUAGCACUAACUUAGACAAUGGGGAAUCAAGAUUGAGCCAAGAAUCAGGGAAGUCUGCAGAUUUUGAAUCAGAGAAUGGUAGUCAUGUGAGAACUUUUUCACAUUUUAACCCAUCUUUGCCGUCUGAAUUGCCUGCUAUUAUACCUUCCAGGCUAGACUCUGGUGAACAUGUGCAAGAUACACCAGGAGAAAGCCCUAUGUCAUGGAAUUCCCGUGCUCAUCAUCCAUUUUCAUAUUCUCAUGAGAUGUCUGAUGUUGAUGCCUCUGUUGACUCCCCACUGGGAAGCCCUGCAUCCUGGAAUUCUCAUUCUCUAAGCCAAACAGAGGCUGAUGCAGCUAGAAUGAGGAAAAAAUGGGGAACUGCUCAGAAACCCAUGCUGGUUGCCACUUCUUCCCAAAAUCAGUCCCGCAAGGACAUGACUCGAGGAUUUAAGAGAUUAUUAAAAUUUGGAAGGAAAAAUCGUGGUACAGAAAGUAUGGUUGAUUGGAUUUCUGCCACUACUUCUGAAGGAGAUGAUGAUACGGAAGAUGGACGUGAUCCUGCCAAUCGGUUAUCAGACGAUUUGAGGAAGUCUAGGAUGAGCUUUUUGCAAGGGCAUCCUUCUGAUGAUAACUUCAAUGAACAUGAGUUCUUUGCUGAACAAGUUCAAUCCUUGCAUGGUUCUAUACCAGCUCCUCCCGCUAACUUCAAACUGAGGGAUGAUCAUUUGUCUGGGAGCUCCCUAAAAGCUCCAAGAUCCUUUUUCUCCUUGUCAACCUUCCGAAACAAGGGAACUGACUCGAAGCUCAGGUAAUUCUCCUAAAAGGGUUCCAGCGUUCAUUGUUCAAAUGAUCGGCAUUGCCUUGAUAACGUGUAAGGUGGUAGAUAUGAUAGCCGGUGUUGAGAUAGGAGUAUACAAUUGUCUGAAUACAAUCUAUUCUCUUUUGUAUAUCAUAAUGGGUUUGCGAAAUCUUGUUUCCUUCUUAUGUACUCCUAGUAGUGUCUUUCAGACAGUAUGUAUUAUGCUGUAUAUUGUAUUGAGAAAACAAUUCCAAUUGGCGGAAUAUCAAUGUAAUUUUGGCGGUAUAAGUCAUUCUUUUUCC